CAUCUGAAAAUUCAGUUACUGUUUGUACUAUCACCGGGUCAUGCUGGGAUGAUAUUUUUGGCAAUUUGCAGUUAUGUGCUUCUAGAUUCCGUUCAAAUCGAUGCUUCUGGUGGAAUCAACAGAUGUUCCGCCUGCCCAGCAAUUCGGUCGUGUCAAAUGGUAGUUUGCCGUUCGCAUUUGGAAAAUGGAAUCAUGGUUCUGGAUUACAAUGCCGGAUGUGUACUGGACUGUGGGUCCCUUGGUCGACUUGAAUGCACACAGGGAGAAAACAAUACGCUGUCUUGGUAUCCAAACGACCCGUGUGUGACCACUUCGACCAUUUCGACCACUUUGACGUCGACGACCACAACCAAUGUAGGGGAGAGUUCUUCGACAAGCACCACGUUCAAUCAUAUCGACAAUUUGGAAGCCGUAAACUCUAGUUCGACGAGAUCAACAAAUAGUACAGUAGGCAAGACAACAUCCUCCACCACUUCCCAUUAUGUUCCAUCCAAGACAGAACCUCAACUAACGGAAUCUGAUGAGUCCAUUCCCCGUUGGAUAUUCUUGUGGCUUGUGCCCUCUCUGGCCAUAGUGUUUGUGGGUAGUAGUUGUCUUAUUUGUUGUUGUGCUUUGCAUCGUUCGAAGAGGCACAAGGGAAGAAUCCACUUGAAAAAACGCGGCCGGCAGUACGAAAGUGUUCUGCAAGAUACUGUAGGAGGCAAUAGUUUAGAUGACCUCCGACAAACACAUCGGUAUUCCGCUGAAACAGGUUUCUUACCUAGAACGGCAGUCGGGGACGAAGAAGGAUCCAACGGCAUUUUACCAGCAAACGGUCAAAAUGGCGGAACACAUGCCAAGGGGUUGGAUAAUCACCGAAAGUCAAGUGGGAAACAAAUGGGGAGAAACAAAUCAAAGGAUUCGACCGAGUCUCAGCGUCGCAUUGUGAAUUGGCAGGAUACUGAUACGGAAGCGUACAUAACACCACCAAGUCCACGAGCAGUCAAGCCAGGAGACAAACGAGUAGAAUCGAUCCCAUUAAACCCCUACUCACCAACUGACAAUAGGAGUCUAUCACAAAUAUAUGUUGCUCGUCACCCAGCGAACGUUGUCCCGUUGCCCAGAGCUCCGUCACCGUUGUCAAGUCAAUUUGGAGAAGUGCAGUCAAUGACAUAUUCAAGUGCUUUUGGAUCACAACGGCUGAUAUGUCCAUCAGCACUGUGUGAAGAAAUGUACCCCACAGACACGGGUAGAAUAACAGAUAAUUUAUCCCAAUAUAGUUCGCAGCCAUACCAGGAAACGCAUACCCCAACAGAGUAUGGCGCGUGGCCCAUUGGAUCCACAGCAGGAAUGGAAUCGUCCACAACAGUCAAUAUCUCCAUGUAUGCGGAAAACCAGGGGCCAAAUCCUGAGGGGAACAUGUUUGCGCUGGCCAGCAUGGAAUCGUACCAAGCAGAUGCCAAUGAAUACACUCCGCUUGAGAGUUAUUCCCCGCGAAUUCCACGAAUCUAGCCGAUGAUUCGUGAUCCAUAGGAUUUGAAAUAAGCAAACGCUGAAGAAAACUACACAAUACAAAAAACUAGGUCAUAUUCAAAUCAGGUAUACAACUAAGAAAGCGACGAAUCCAUAUCACGCAAUUCAAAUUGAGAACUAUCGAGGAACAAGUGAACAGCGUUUUAACGAUUCUAACGUUCUUCCAUUAUUGCUUGUAUCCUUUGCAUCUUGCGUACUUUGAGCAUUUUCAACACAUUUUUGAUCAUAG